AUGCAUAUUAUUUUGUUUGCAAUUUUAGGUGAACCAGAAAUCGAAUGUGGACCGACAUCGAUAACUGUAAACUUUAAUACUCGUAACUCAUUUGAGGGACACGUUUAUGUAAAGGGUCUUUAUGAUCAAGAAGAUUGUCGAAACGAUGAAGGUGGACGACAAGUUGCCGGCAUUUCACUUCCGUUUGAUUCAUGUAAUGUUGCUCGUACACGUAUCUUUGUUACAACUACCGUUGUCAUUUCUUUCCAUCCACUGUUCAUCACAAAAGUUGAUCGAGCAUAUAGAGUUCAAUGCUUUUACAUGGAAGCCGACAAAACAGUUAGCACCCAAAUUGAAGUAUCUGAGAUCACUACCGCUUUCCAGACUCAAAUUGUACCAAUGCCUGUUUGCCGAUAUGAAAUUUUGGAUGGAGGACCAACGGGACAGCCAAUUCAGUUUGCUACCAUUGGUCAACCAGUCUACCAUAAAUGGACAUGUGAUUCUGAAACCGUUGACACCUUCUGUGCUGUUGUGCACUCUUGUUUCGUUGAUGAUGGCAAUGGUGAUACAGUAGAAAUUUUAAAUGCCGAUGGUUGCGCUCUCGACAAAUAUUUGUUAAAUAACCUUGAAUAUCCAACAGAUUUGAUGGCAGGUCAAGAAGCGCAUGUGUACAAAUAUGCAGAUCGAUCUCAACUCUUCUACCAGUGUCAGAUCAGUAUUACCAUAAAAGAACCCAACAGUGAAUGCGCUCGACCACAAUGCUCGGAACCACAAGGAUUUGGUGCUGUGAAAACUGGAGCUGCCGGAGCAAAACCUGUUGCAGCUGCUCAGUUACGCCUGCUCAAGAAAAGGUCUACUGAACCAGAAAAUAUCGUUGACGUACGAACGGAUAUUAGCGCUCUUGACAUUAAUGAAGAUGUAAGAUUUUUCCUUAUAUUUUUUCUUAGUCAGGAAGUAAUACUUCCCAAAUUUUAUCAACUGAUGAAAAAUAAUUUGUGUUUUGAGCUGCAAUAA